AUGGCACUAUCAGCCUUUAGUAAUCGAUCACUUCUCAAGUGUGCAGCAACCCUUUCGGGACGAGAUACUCAGUCAGAAACACUACUGACCUCUAGAUCGUAUUUUGAUAGUAAAAGGAUCGUAUUUUAAGUCGUAUUGGGACCUUAUUUGCGUCGUAAAGUGAUCGUAUUUACAUCGUAAAUUAACUUAAAUUAAUCGUAUUCAUGUCGUAAAGUAAGUUUUCAAAAAGUCGUAUUGUGUCGCUUUUACGAUAAAGGUACGGUACAACUACGAGCAGAAGAAGAGAGUUGAACUCGUAUUUUUAUCGUGAAAUGUCGUUUUCACGAUCACAUUCAGAGAUUUUUACCAUAAAAAAAUCGUAAAGAAAUCGUGAUUUGUCAUUUUACGACAAAGGCACGGUGCAACUACGGGCGGAAGAAGAGUUUUGAAGUGGUAUUUCUAUCGUCAAAUGUCGUUUUUACGAUCAAAUUUAGAGAUCUUUACCUUGCAAAUAAUCGUAUUUUGUCACUUUCACGAUAAGGUCACGGUGCAACUACGAACAGAUGAAGAGAUGGGAAGUGAUAUUGAUAUCAUCAAAUGUAGUUUUUGCGACUUUUUGCUCGGAUCCGGAUCCGGGAAUUUUCUGCAUAUGAAAUCUGGGAAAUCUUUGCUUCUGGAAUCCGGAAUCCUGGCUUUGGAAUCUGGAAUACAGCUCAAGAAAUCCAGAAUCACGGCGUGGAUCCAGAAUCCAAGACUUUCUUGGAUCCACAAUAAAGAUACAGCGAACUGUCUAAAGAAAGGCGCCUUUUGUCAGAUGUGGAAAUCUUUUUUAUGUGGUCGAUUCUACGAUGCACACAUUUUUUGACGUCCAGUCGACUGAAACAAAAAGCAGCCAUUCUAUCUUUACCUGGUGUUUCACCCAGACACAUGUUUUCCUAGUCACCUUUGCAGCCGGCCGUUAUGGUCAAGUGACGUAGCGCUCCUCUCCAAGGGUAAAACGGCUACGCAGAAGACAGUGUUUUGUUCUUUGGCUUUAGAUUUAGAAAUCCUUACCUUGUAACUUUUUCGAUGGAGAUACUAUUCAAUUACAAUCUGAGAAGAAAGGCUUUUGCUGAGAAGGUUUAGAUAUCCUUGCGCCAUUUGGUCGUUUUUACAGUGAACACACAGUUUAGUUACAAACAGAAGAAGCCAUUUUAAGUUCCUCGUUUGUACAAUGACUACAGAACGGCCACUCAAAGAAUGUGAACAUUCUUAUUUUUUAUUCAGUUUACAAGACAUAUCUCUGACAGGACUAUCAAAAACGUUCAUAUAAAAUAUCGUAAUUAUAAUUACAAUAUACUAACUGCAAUUAAUAUCGUUUACCUGUAAUAUUUCAAGUAGAUAUUGUGGUUCUCAAAAUUCAAAAUUUCAUUAAAAUGAAGGAUUAUGCACAAGACGUUUACAAGGUAAUGCUCCGAUAAAAGUCGAUCGCACACCCUUCAAAUCGCAAAAACUUCGAAACUUCGGAAUUCCCACCUUUUCAAGGUUAUUACACCUUACGUUGGUCUCGGGUGUUGUCUUUGUUCGCACGCGUUAACUUCUGAUUUUGAGUGUCACAUAAAUGCUAAUCAAAACAACAUUGUCAAAAUGUGAAUUAUAGAUGUUACUGUAGCAUGGCAAUGUGGCCAUUAUUCUUUUCAUCCUAGUUUAGCAGUAGAGAAGAAACAGAUCGUAGAAUGUACGCGGACGCUUAGCUGGACUCCGGAGAAAGCGAACUACCCGAGAAGGGAACUGGAGGGAGACCGUCUUCUCUUAAGGGUCUUGAGUGCCUUGUGCGCUCGUCCACGCGACAAUCCUAAAGGACUGCUGCCAUUCUGAAAAAAAAAAAACAUAAUGAACGGUAUAACAGUAUGAAGCAAGGAUCACUUAUGUAGAAGCAAGAAAGAUGGAAAUCAUAUUGUAAUGAACUUCAAUGCCAGGUAGUUGCGCAACUAAAAAGAACUUACUAAGGGGCAGAAAGUAUCAGGCCAAGGAAUCUUUAACUGUCACACCAUUUAAAUGAAAUAUAACUCUCAAUUUACCGGUGAUUCAUCGUGGCUUCCUAGUACAUGCACACAGAGAGCCUAUUCCUCUCCGGCCUAGCCUACCUAACAAGUGGGUGCGAUCUUUUUUUUCUCUUUUUCCAAUUUUUUCGACAAACUCGCGCGGAAAAGCUUACUAUCCAGGCUAUCUCGGGACAGUCUGGUAAGUUUUCCAACAGACUGUGGGGGCAUGAUUGAAAAUUUUGGAACUCGUGGAGCUAUAAGUUUGAUUCCUUCAAAGGCAUUAUACCAAAACCAGCACUACGUGAUUCCAAGAAUUUUUGGAUUAAACGUUAUACACAUUUGUACAAAUUCGGGGCCGAUUUUCAUGCCCGAUUUCUUGUUUUUUAUUAUUAUUAUUAUUUGUAGAUUGAUAUAUCAGUUUGUAGGCUUAUCUUUAUUUGUAGGCCGUUUAUGGUUUGCUCAUAGGGUAACGUACUCCUACCUGAUUCGCUCCUAUGAGGAUGUAAAGGGCUACUUUAGAUGAAGAUUAGCCACAGAGAAUCAAGCACAUGAAUGAAUUUGCACCGGACGACGGCAUAAUCGGAUCCUGGUGUCUUUUAAUGUCGUCAUAGUCAACUGAAAUUAAAUAAUUUGCAUCAUAAGGUUACUGUUUAUAUUAUAUCACAUAAGCUCUUUGAAAUCCCUUUGCUUAGCUAGUCUACUUUGUAUCGCAAAGUUGAAGCGUCUGUCUGAACCUAAAAUGCAAAUCAAUACUAAUCAAUAUCUUUUUCUACCUUGCGUACUCUCUAAGGGUGGAUUUCCAUUGUCUAGCCCGUGUGCGGACCUCCCCCCCCCCUCCCCUCAUGAAAAAUUCGGAGAAGGGUCCCUUCUCCGAAUUUUGGGCUAGGGACUUUUAAUACGGUGAAUGAAUCAGAUCAUAUUUGAGACUAAAUGAGUCAAACAUAAAAUCUGUAAUAUCUGUAAUCCAGACUGAACCGAGCGAAGCGAACUGCUCGAGCAGUUUCUGCGAAUCUUCGCACCUCUCUUGUUUACAGUUACUCUGGUAACAUCAUGCAAUUUUCGCCCUUUUCGCCGCUAGUCGCCACAGGUGAAGUUUCCACACACUCGUUGACUAAAGCGUCAAGAUUAUAGCAUUGAUUUCAAUCAAACUAAUUUAAUUAGAACGUAGACGGUUAAAUGUAACACGAAUAUUAUGGGUUUUUUAACACUCACUCUGUAACCGACCGCUUUCAUAAAUCAUGUUUGUCUGUAGUAAACUUUUUAUUAUACAGUAUACGCGUCCUAGUAUACGCCAUUUUGUAUUACUUCUCUCUGAAAAAUAGAAAACAGAUUAAACGCACAAAAGGCCAUACAUAUUCAAAAGCCAUGGAAACGUAUAACACUGUUUCACUUCUUUUUAAAUGCCAAAGCUUAAACUACAGCUCAAGAACACGUGUAAUAAAUAAAAUGUUGCCACUGUUAAAUUCAGUUAGGGUAACAUUUUUAAUUCGAGGUUUUCCAUUACACCUGUUAAAACGAAGUAGACUUACUUAUUUGGAAAAGAAAUUUAAAGAUUAUUAAAUAACUCACCAAAACAUUAGCCUUUUAUAGCAGUCCUUUUGCCUUUCGUUCUCCUUGCUUUCUCGUUUAAAAUGUUGAGUAAACGGCGCGCGAAAAUGUGGCGGUAAGCGCAACAAGAGUUGACACGUGACAAUAUGUUAGGCAUCUCAUUGGUUUGUGGUUUUCUCGUCUGCCAAGCAGAGUAGUUCUUCUUUGUUGAUCACCUCGAUGUAAUGUGUUUCUAAAAGGGGUUUCUUGCUUGAACCAAAAUUUUUUGUAGUAAUGGUAGCUAGCUAUUUAGCUGAUUUACUGUAGGAACACGAGUAGCCAUAGCGGUCUCGAUCGCCCAUCGGUAUGGGGGCAAGGGACCUUGGCGGAACGGGGGAUGUAAAGAUUUAAUAAAAUCCAGCCCUACUCACCUAAGAUCACCUGAUGAUCCGCUCGGAACUUUACAUAAGAUUUUCGGGUACGUCGUUACUCAAGUGGUCGUUACCACUCGGGUUGACCAAACGUUCACAAUUGUGCCGAAUAACUUGGCGGUUUUAAUACUUUUCCAAACUCAGCAAAUGAAAUGUGUGCUUUCUGGUUCCGGUGUGCUGCUUUUACUUCGAAGGAACUACAUUUUCCACUCACUUUCAACAGCAUUGUAUUAUUAAAAAAUAUAAGCUUUUGAACAGUAUUUAAGUUGAGAUGUUCGGUGACGACGCUUUCCUGCAUCGCAUUGCGUGACACUUCGUAGUUGAACAGGUAAGGGCGCUCACUCUCGAAAAUGUGUUGUGUUCGCAGACGUUCUGAAGCUUUACUUGCUGGGUUUAUUCCUAUAAUUAUUACAUCUCUGCCAGAAAUGCUACAGGUUUACAACAACACGUACUAGGAUUGUACAAUAAAAAUGUAAGAAACUAGCUAGUACAAUACACUUUUCGAGUCGUAAAUAAGAUGAAAGUGCGAUGUAUUUACCUUAUGGCAAUCAUCUUGGAAUAUAAUCGUACUGUGUGUAAGACAAUAUUACGAUAAUAUCAAUAAUCGAAUUUGACUCGUAUAUUGAACGAGGGAAAAUUGCGAUUUAUUUACAGACCGACGUUGGCCGUAAUCUGCCUGUUAUUAGAUCGCAUUGUGUUUACGACGAUAUAACGAUAAUAUUAAUUCUCGAAUUUAACUCGUAUAUUGAACAAGAGCAAAUACGAUCCUUUUACGCUCGGACGCUGGUCGUAAUUUGACGGCAAUGUGAUCGCAUUUUGUAUACGACAAUAUUACGAUAAUAUUAAUUCUCGAAUUUAAAUCGUAAAUCAAACAAGGGCAAGUUACGAUUCUUUUACGCAAGGACGUUCGUCGUAAUUUGCCUGUAAUUAGAUCGUACUUCAAAGUACGAUUUUAUUACGAUUGUCUGCAAGUAAAUUACGGUCAAAAAACGAUGAAAACGCGAUCUAGAGGUCAGUAGUGAAAUGGAGACAGAAACAUCCAGAAACAUCGUGUGAAGCGCAAGCAUUAACACUGGAAUGUUCACAACACAGACCAAGACUGUAUUACACGUAUUACUAAGGCUCUUCGAUACUCAAGAUCUCGCUGAAAAGAGCAGAUAGUAAGGUAAGGUAAGUUGUCCUGGCUCGCCUUUUCUCUAACUUUUUAAGCUUAAUUCCAACGUGUUUAUGACGAGUUCGAAUGACUGCCUCAAGUACUCAGUAACUAACAUUUCAGUGAGCAAUGAAACCAGCAUUAACCGUUUAAAGUAAAUUAUAACUAUACAUGUGUAUUUAUUUGGCAUAACCUUUCAAUACUAAGCAAGCAACGAGACCAUGACGUUGAAGAUGAUAAUGUAAAAUCAUGUAACGACUUUGGGGGUCUGAAGGAGUAGAAUUUCCUUGUUUUGUACUGGAAAAUAGGAGUUUGGUCACUGGUACUGGGAAUUACUAAAAGAAAAUAAUGGAAUUAAGAAAGGACAUCUGUAUAAAGUAAGCUUACAUGUAAUGUGAUACAAACAUUCUUAUGAAAAUUUUCACAGACUAUAGAAGAACUAAUAAACAGAAUAGAAAAGUGUUAACAAGUGUUGAAUUUGCAAGUAAGCAAAGAUAAUCUACGUAGUCUAGUUCUAUAUUUUCAUGUGUCAGUCAAUAACAAACCCAAGCUUCCCAAUUCCCCUGGCAGUCAUAGCGUCAUAAGUGGUGAAUAAUUUUACAGCAUGCAUGUAUUUUUUGAAGCAGGUACAAAAGUUUAUUUUUGAUUUUAAAUUACGUGGGUUUUAACUUAAAUGAACAGAGAAUGAAUAGACGUUUUCUUGAGUCUUUCAAUGCAUAGCUAAUGCAGACCAUGAUUGAAUUAGAAUGUAUUUUCAUGUAAGUGCCAACAUAGUUGUUAACAUCUUCACAGUUUCAUACCUUCAUCUGCAGUUCAAAGUAUGAUUCAUUUCAUAUAUUACCAUUAAUUUUAAUCUUCAUUGUGCACUGCUCCUAUGAAAUUAUAUUGUGGUUCUUGAGAGGAUACAGUGCAGCACAUACUGUCAGGAAAUUGAAUGCCUUACUUUUUGGGAAGCAAAGCACACAGUCAUGUUAGAAACCAGAAAUUGUUCUAUUUGCACCAUAGUUGUAUCGUCAGUAAAUCUAGGUUUAAAGGAAAACAAAAUUUAAAGAAACAAGUUGUGAAAGAUAAGACUCUUAAGAGCGUCAUAGCAGUCAUAGCUGUUUUGGAUUCUCUUGUCUACAUACACCAUUAUUAAUCUGCAAAUACAACUGUCUCUCUUGUGAAAUGUCCCUGGUGGCAAGGAAAGAAAAUAGGCUGCUUUAUUUACAGGGUACACUGUACAUUAUUAUUAGGUGGCAUUGUUUUCAAGAUUGAGGAUAAGGGCUUUAAAUAGCAAAGUGGCUUCACUCCUGUCACAUUAACUAGGAACCUUGAACGUUUCAUAUUAAAAAGGAAAAAAAAUAUAUUAGGUAAAGUUUCAGGAAAAUUUGAAACUUUUGGGAAUAAGGUGCUUAUAUGUUUCUAUAUUUUCCCUGAAAGUCUUUGGUGGAGCUCAUGAGAAGGCUAGGAAUGUUUAUUGAUUUGGAACUUAAGUCCGGGACAGGUAGAAAUUUAGUUCGAACAUGUAAACCUUUGAUAUGACUUGUCUGUGGGACAAGCACAUUUUUAAUUAGAAAAAUAAAGAUAAGAAACAGUUGCCUUAAAUAUUCCAUUUAACUUUGCCAUUCCACUGCCAGUCGUUUCAUUCAUUUGCUUUUUUACAAGUUCUGUUGUAGGUUUAAUUCAAAAAUAAUAUACAAGGGUAAUAAUGUGAUUAAAUAAUGUGAUUAAAAACAUUAAAUGCCUGUUGCAAGCUAAACUUUUUGGACAAGAACUCUAGGUUUCGGACAACCAAAUUUAAUGUAUUGCUCGUGUGAAGGACAAGUGGAUAGGAAAAUUUCUCUCUUACCAGGGUGCAAAGAAGGUGAUUUUUAAAGCUUGCCAUUGGGGCAAGCUGAAGCUAGCAUAUGCUAGCCCAAAUGUCAUUUCAACUAGCCCCCAAACCGUUUUGAUGAGCAGAAUUGAUUUCACAGUUCUUCUUUAAUUUGAAUUCCUCAAAAAAACUUCACUUGCCCAUCGGGCAAGUUAAGUUCAAAAUUCACUGGCUCGAUAGCAAAAUCCACUAGCCCCGGGCUAUCGGACACUACUUUCUUUGCGCACUGCUUACUCUCUAAUAAUAAUAAUAAUGUACAUCCAGUGGUUUUUCAUAGCACUUUACAACGAUAUUAAUGGAUGAUACUUUUAUAAAAAUGCAUACAUUAAAAUAAAAAAAGAUAUACAUUGUAAAACAUUGAACUCUAAUAAUAUAAUAAACCAUUGUUAAUAAAUUUAACAUACAUAUGCUUCAGUCUCCCCGACUAGUAAGGCACUGUGCCUGAGUUAUAAGACAUGAGACUUUAAUAAAGUUCAUUACUAUUAUUAUUAUUAUUGUUAUUAUUAUUAUUAUUAUUAUUAUUAUUAUUAUUAUUAUUAUUAUUAUUAUUAUUAUUAUUAUAGGGUUUCCAUGUAGCAUUUUACCCUGAUUUUCACUCAACUGCAAGUAGGGUUCUAAAUGUAAAUAUUAUUGCCUUUAAGGAAAGCCUUUAACUCAUACUAGUCAAACAUUUUGAAUCUUUAACAGUCAGAUGAAUCUUGUGCACUUGUGUGAAUUUGUGGACAUUGAAAUCAUUUGCUACUCAGGUUUUGCACUGUUAUUAGACCACUUGUGGAAAAUGCCUUAUCAUUUUUUUCAAAUUUUUAGUCUUGGUUUGUGAAAAGAGGCGUGUGGGGAACCCUGUGUCAAGUAAAAUUGUGCUGAUUGUAGUAAUUUGGCCAUGAGUGUAGGAAAAAAUAUUAUUAAUUAGUAAUAGCAGGGGGUGUCCUCUGGCAACUUAGGGGGUGUUUGCAUGACACCGGGGCAACUUUUGCCGCAGAGCGAGUUCACUCCGGUUCCCUCUCAUAGCUCUAUAUUUGUUUACAUGAUACCACCACAAAAUGUCAUGCAGGCGCGAGUCACCCCAGUGUGAGUUCACCCCGGUUCUUGUACCGGGGCGAGAAUUUCACUCUGGUACAAAAUCUCAUGGCAGUAUCAUGUAAAUGCGAAACGACCACCCGUUUCGGCAUGAAAUCGGUCUGCCGGUAGACUGGAAUGGGUAGCGUACGCGUAAUGUUUGCGAUUUUGAAUCACACUUGUAUUUUAUCAACAUGAAGUGUACCUUCAAAUAACGAGAUAUGAAAUGACUCAUUCAUAAUGUAAACCCGAUACAAAAUCAAAAAGUCAUCCUGGUAUGAGACUCGCACCGGUGUGAGUUUUCUCAUGUAAACACCCCCUUACUCUACAUGUACUUGUGCCUUUAGUGCGCGAUUAAGUGUAUUAUCACUAGCCUACAAAUAAUCUGUGUAGUUUACUCAAAUAAUACUUGCUUUCUAUUUAUUCAGCAGAUCAGCCUGGUAUGGGAUGUUGGUGACAGAAAGUCCUCUCAAAGCAAACAGGAUUAAUAAAUGUUAAUUACAAGCCUUAGUCUUGUAAAGUGGUUCCAGGGCUGUCACUAAGGGCCAUAAACCAGACUUUAAAUCGGCUACUUUGAGCCCAAUACUUGGCUGUUUUGAGAGGAAACGAAACUUUCCACAUUUUCAAUGUCCCGCUCACUAAUUUCACUUACCCUGCAACUUGCAAUCUUAGUGACAGCCUUGUGCAUCUAACUUUUACAUCAUCAGUUUAUGAAAAUGAUUUGUUAUUUGGAUUUUGUUGUUAAAUUUGACUGUAAACACUUCUGGGAGUGAAAGGGCUAAAUCAAGAAACCAUCAAUGUUAUACAUGUAUUAGGCUUUCAGUCUUUUUAUUUCUUAUCUAAAAUUGUUUAAGCUUUUAAUUUGAAUUAUGCUAAAUUAUACUAAAUAUUUUCAUUUUGGAAGAGACCAUUUUGACCCACCUUUACAUUAAUUUGUGUGUUAGAGUUGCUGUUUUUUAUCAAAAUUUAACUUCAUCAGUUUUCUUGUACACCCUGUACCUUACAUGUAAAUGCUAAUAAUUAUUUUAAACUAUAAAUCAUCUUAAUUUGGUAUAAUACUAAGUUAAGAUGAUUUUUUUGGAUAUUUUGAGAAGACUGUUUUGACCCAUUUGAAAAGUUUAUGUACACUGUAUCUUCUUAUUUAAACCUUACGUGUUGGAAAAAUUUUCGUUUUUUUUAAUUUUUAAUGUAAUGACAAAGAUGCUAACACAGAAAUAAAUCAUGUUAUAUUUAGAAAAUUCAGUUUUAGAGUAUCAGUGUGUUUUGUUUUUUAAAACCUUGUAAUAUCACUCUUUUCGGGACUAAACUUAAAGAAUGCGAUUCGUAUUUGUAGCUUUUGCAGUUACAACAAUGUGGCAUACCUGGCGAUUUUCUUGGGAUUUGAAAUGUAA